AUGAGCAAUCCCAACACCGCACUUGCGCAUGCUGCCCAGCAGCUCGUCGACUCGGUCUCCAACAACGAGAGAGAGAAGUUCAAGAACUCUUCGUUCCUUCACGUCAUGCGACGGAUCGCAUCUCAAGAGUUUGCUGUCCAGGACAAUAACUUGGUCGAGACAGCGACAAAAGCCAGAUUGGAAGAUAUCCCUUCAAGCGUAGCCGCAGACGACCCCUAUCUGGUCGUGAUCCACGAUGUCGAUGAUGAGAACGGGCAACGAGCACGCAGAGGACAGAGCGAGGGAAACGAUGUGAUGUGUCCCGGAUCCAGUACACACCGCCAGGGCAGCCAGGGCAGCAACAGCAGUGUCAAUGUGGCUGGGUCUGACACCUCACCGGACGAGAUGGAGGCUACUCACAGACUGGACAGCUUGAAUUAUAGCGCGGAAAGGUGCCGGUUCUGUGGCUACGGCUCUGCUGGCGCUUCUGGCCCUUCGAGACCGGCAAAUGUGCCGCGAGCGCGCCAAAUUGGCGGCCUUUUGGCACCUCUGGUCCCUGCUCCUCGAACCGGCCGACAGCAGCACCGACAGAACCGCCAGUAUCGCCUGAUUGCUCCGACCCCAGCCACCGCCGACCUUCAGAUCAUCCUCCUCUCGGGACUAAUGGCCCACACCCUGAACGUCGAAGAGGUUUGGCUUAAAGGUCUGGCGCUGUGCUUUGUGAACGAGCAUACCGGCUGGGCUAACGCCAAGAAGCUCUACCAUGGAGCAGGCGUCACCAUUCCCAUGGUCGCCGGAAGAGCCCUGAUCAGCGCUAGUAUCCGCGAGCUACACCUUGACGGAGCAGUCGUGGUGAAUGGCAUAUGA